AUGUCGGAGUCAUCGGAAUCGAAUAAUAUUAACAACGUGAAACCGGAGUGGAUCGAGCCGCUAUUAUACGACUCAGAAUGUGAAGCAUCGGAGACGUACGGAUUUAAGUUAUUGAAGCAAGAAGGUCGUUGUAUCGUGUGGAACAUGGCCAUUACACUCGGUUACCGCAAGAAAGGAAUCCCCGGGCAGGCCUGCCGGCUGCUGGAAAGAUACUUCUAUUUCAUUUUCAGAUCCUACGCAGAAAGACCCACAGGGGCACUUCGAAACGCUAUCCUUGAGAACAUGAAGAACCGUAUAAUGCUCUUAAUAGCGUGUAGCGUUCAGCUAGCUGUUAAGAUGAGCUCCGCGGAGGCGAGGAUAACUCCUAAAGUAAUACGACUGGCUCUGCUCUGUAAAGGGAUCACGUACACUGUCAAAGAAAUCAUACAGGCUGAAGCGGAGAUUUUUUCCGUGAUUGGUUACCGGGUCCCACUGCGGACCAGCGUGGAAGUAGCAGAACAGCUGGCUGCCGAAGUUGGAAUGUCCGAGGGUAUGGUUAAAGCUAUAUCCAUCAUUAUGGACAUGGCUGAGUACAAACGGAACAUUGUUGAGAAGAAGAUGCGCUGGGCCGCUACUGGAACUACGUCUACGCCAGGUUUCGUGCGUACUUUGCACUUGUGUGCUGGCGCUGUGGCAGCCGCUGCCACGUUCUAUCCACGGGCCAUGGAGAGCCUGGAUGCUGGCACAUGUUUGGCACAGCUCGCCAACUUAGUGGACUCACCACAAGCCUAUAUAACUAGCAUCGCUCACGUCAUCAUCGCACAGAUACUCAGCGAAGCCUGA